CGGGACCUUUCAUGGUUUAGUUCAGCUUUUUUACUUUCUCUUUGUCGUCUGGGACUCGAUCCAAAUGCCGGUUGGUCGAGUGAUUCAGGUCUCAAACAUUACGCCUUCGGCGACCAAAGCUCAAAUGCGCGAACUGUUCAGCUUCCUGGGCAGAGUUCAGGACAUCAAGCUCUACCCUGACCCGGAUACUAGCAUUGCUCCAAUCUCGUCGAGAGUCUGUUUCGUUCAGUAUCGCGACCCGGAGUCCUGCUCUCUUGCUCAUCAUCUCACCAAUACGGUUUUCAUUGAUCGAGCGCUUAUUGUGGCGCCAAUUGCUGCAGUGACCAUCCCAUCUGAGGAGCUUGCCAUGCAGAAUCCAGGACACUCCGGUAUCACCGGAAACGUGGAUCCAACAAAGGUCGAUGAAAUACGACGCACUGUGUAUGUCGGUAAUCUCAACUCAUCGAUCUCGCCUGAGCAGGUGGGAGAAUUCUUCCAAGCGUGUGGUGAGGUGAAGUUCGUACGAAUGUCAGGAGAUGAGACACAGCCAACGAGAUAUGCGUUUGUUGAGUUUGAGGAUAUAGAGGCUGUAAACCAAGCUAUGCAGCUGACUGGUGUUGUGUUUGGAGAUCGGCCGAUCAAAGUUAAUCACUCAAACAACGCUAUCGUCAAGCCUCAACCCAAAGCAGCAAGUGCAGAGCAACGUGAGGUGGAAGCCGCGAUGGCAAAAGUGAGACAAGCUCAAGAACUGAUUGACUCAGAAGUUGAUCCUUCUGAAGCAAGGCCCAAGAGACGACGUUACUCGUCGUCUCCAUCACCACCAAGAAGAGGUCACUAUCGCCGUGGUAGUUACUAUCACGGUAGACACAGUCGAUCACCACCACGACGUCGUCGAUCAAGAUCAGGCGACAGGAGAGAUGACAGACGAGGCAGACGACGCCCACGCUCUCGCUCUCUUUCUAAGUCUCCUCGUCGACCUAGAAGGAGAUCACGUAGUGCAAGCAGGGAUGACAGUCGUGAGAGACGUCGAAAGAGACGCUCAUCAGCAUCAUCUAAUGACUCUCCACGUCGAUCGAGUGGAGCUGUAGGAGCAAGAAAAAAUGUGAAACGUAAAGGUAGCCGCAGUCCUGAUCGUUCCAAAGACAAGGACAAGGACAGAGAUAAAGAGAAGGACAAGGAGAGAGACAGAGAGAAGGACAAGGACAGAGACAGAGAAAAAGACAAGGACAGAGACAGAGAGAAGGACAAGGACAGAGACAGAGAGAAGGACAAGGACAGAGAGAAAGACAAAGAAAAAGACAGAGAAAAGGAGAAGGACAGAGACAGGGAAAGAGACAAAGACAAGGACAAGAGAAAGCGACACAAACAUAGCCGAGACAGAAGCAAAGAGAAGCGCAAGAAGCGACGCAGCCCGAGCAGCGACUCGCCCAAAUCAAGCGACGACGACAAAAAGACGAAGAAGGAAAAGACAUGAGAGACUCGUUGAGACGUCAUGUCUGUGUCUGAUUUCGCAAGCUGUUGCUUGUCUAGCUCUUGUACUUGCAAACGUACGACAUAAUCGAUGUUUUUCUCUCAUG